AGCAAAGCAAAACCGCACUUUUUUUUGUUGUUGUUUUGUUUGAAAACCCGAAUAUUUUUCAGCACUUUAAAUCGAACAUGAGCCACUCAUUGCUGAUGAGUUUUAAUUAGCGUGCCUAUUAAUAAUAUUUGUUAUGACCUCACAUUAAUCAUCCUCAUCAUCACUGUCAGUCAUUAUCAUCACCACCUUUGACAUCCUCCUCCUCCUCCUCAUCCACCCCGUCGACAAAAUGGCUGUGGCAGUGGCCGCCUCUGCGCAUGCUCACAGCACACCUCCGGCAGGUAUGUGCGCUCGUGCAGGCUCUCCCGGUUCAUCAGACUCCAGCAUGAGGCGGCAGCAGGUUCGUGGAGACACCCACUGAUCCGAGGCUCACACGCUCAAACUCGGCUGCAGCAGCUCGGAGACUCCGCGCGGUUCCCCAAAUCCGGAUCAAGUUUGUGAUUUUUGCUGACGUUCUGCAGCGGAGAGAGGAAACUCUCGGGAGCUCAAAUCUGGAAUUUACGCACGGCUGGUGCGCACAGGCCGACAAUCGGGAAGAGUUAUGGGGGGACUGGGAAUCUGAACCCCAAGAGUCCGAAGGACUGGACUAACUGGACGCGAAUAAUUGAAAUUCUUCUUCAUCCUCUACGCUCAGGUGCUCACCAUGUUCCAACACAGUAAUAACAAGAAAUGUUUCACCAUAGAGUCUCUGGUGGGGAAGGAUGCGAGCAGCCACAGCGGCGGCGGCGGGGGCAGCUCCGGGGAUGAGCCCAUCCGGCCCACUGCGCUCCGGUUCCCGGACUCUCUGCACCCGGCUUCAGCCACCGGGGUCUUCGGCUCCUGCUUCCAGGGGGGCAGCGGGAGGACUUUGUUCUCUGCCGGGCCGGACAUGAUGUUGCAGGAGACCGGGACGCACACGCAGAGCCCCGGCGGGCUCCCGCUGCACCCGCUGCAGAUCCCCCCUCAGAGCUUCUUCAGCCCGCAGCAUCGGGACGCGCUCAGCUUCUACCCCUGGGUGCUGCGGAGCCGCUUCCUGGGUCACCGCUUCCAAGGAGAGGACAGCAGUCCAGAGAACCUGUUGCUUCACGGUCCGUUCUCCAGAAAGCCCAAACGGAUCCGGACGGCUUUCUCACCUUCCCAGCUGCUGCGCUUGGAGCGAGCUUUUGAAAAAAACCAUUACGUAGUCGGAGCUGAGAGGAAGCAACUGGCGAGUGGGCUGUGCUUGACUGAGACACAGGUGAAGGUGUGGUUCCAGAACCGCAGGACGAAGCACAAACGGCAGAAGUUGGAGGAAGAGUCUCCUGAAGCUCAGCAGAAGAGGAAGGGCAGCCAACACGUCAGCCGCUGGAGAGCAGCGACGCAGCAGGCUGGCAGCGAGGACGUGGAUGUCAUCAGCGACGACUAGACUACAGCUGCCUCUGCGCCAUCUCAUAUAUAUACACACACACAAAACACAUCAAUUUGAAUUAAAAAAAUUAAAUAAAUACAUUAAAAUUGAGGAAUUGAGGCCUGCAUUACUCAGAACAGCGACCUUUAGUCAAAAACAAGGUUUAACCCUUUUCACUGCAAGUUUACACAUACACUGCAGAGUAAAACCGAACACAAACACACACACACACACACACACACACACGCACACACGCACACGCGCACACACACACACAC